UUCUAUAAAGAACAUAAAGAAAACAAACUGACAUCUUAUGUCACACGUAAUGUGAUCUCCAAAUCGAAAACGUAAAAUAAAAACAUUUAAACAAUGCCAUGAUUUCGAUUUUACACUAACAUUGAAUUUAUUUCAAUGUUAAUUUUAUAUAUUACAUCUUAAUUUAAUAAAUUGCAAAUGGGUUUGAUAAAUAGUAAGGAGAUUAUGACAAAGAGAAAAAUCGAUGAAGCUACAAGUAACACCAGCUUAUCAAACCUUCGUUACGUCAUCGCGACCAAUAAAUCAAAAUGGAAAUUGUUCCGAAAAAGGGAAAUAGCGCCAAUACCGGCGUACACGGCGGCGUCAAUGAGACCUGUGAAGGGCUGUCCCUGCGGUAACAACGGGCCGUGUAAGCAGAAAAUAACUCCAAAAGGUGUCACCAUACAUUAUCCGCAAAAGAAGAAAAAGCUUUUUGGUGCCAAUAAAGGAUACGUACCGCCGCAAAAUACCAAGAGCUAUUAUAAUAGCAAUAACAAAAGAUUUAACCCAAAGGUGAAAAAGGCCAAAACCGCCAGGGGUCGAAUUAAGAAGAGAGUUAGUAGUAAUAUUUCCUUCCCUUUCCCGUUCUGUUUUGAAUGAGCCCGCGUCCCAAAGUUAAGAUAGUGCGCGAAAGGAAGUUCCCCACCUGGAGAUUAGAC